GGAGCGCGGAUCCCGUGGGGCUCUCGGUGGACGCCAUGGGGUCGCGAGUGCAGCUCCCGCCCGAGAUCCAGCUGGCGCAGCGCCUGGCGGGGAACGAGCAGGUGACCCGGGACCGGGCGGUGCGCAAGCUUCGGAAGUACAUCGUCGCCCGGACACAGCGGGCCGCCGGUGGCUUCACACAUGAUGAGCUGCUGAAGAUAUGGAAGGGGCUGUUCUACUGCCUGUGGAUGCAGGACAAGCCGCUUCUGCAGGAAGAACUGGGAAGGACCAUUGCCCAGCUCAUUCAUGCUUUUCAGACCACGGAGGCACGGCACCUGUUCCUCCAGGCCUUUUGGCAGACCAUGAACCGAGAGUGGGCAGGCAUCGACAGACUGCGGCUGGACAAGUUCUACAUGCUCAUGCGGAUGGUCCUGAACGAGUCCUUCAAGGCGGUGAAAAGCGGAGGAUGGGAGGAGCGACUCGUCGAGCAGCUGCUGGACCUGCUGACCACGGAGAUUCUGCACCCGGACAGCGAGGCCCCCAAUGGGGUGAAGAGCCACUUCCUAGAGAUCUUCCUGGAGGAGCUGAGCAAAGUGGGCGCUGCGGAGCUCACCGCCGACCAGAACCUGCAGCUCAUCGACCCCUUCUGCAGGAUCGCAGCCUGCACCCAGGACUCCCUGGUUUUGCACAACAUCACCCGGGGCAUCUUGGAGGCGAUUGUGGAGCAGGCCCCGCUGGCCAUCGAAGACCUGAUGAGCGAGUUGGAUGCGCAGAACGGGGAGGACGCGGGGUCAGACGGUGACGAUGGUGACAGUGGUGACGGUAGUGAUGAGAGCGAGAGUGAGCAGGAAAUGCCAUCGAGGAGCCUGUCUGCAGGCUCCGGCUGUCGGGCUGACCCUGAGGGGGCCAAGGGGCAGAGAGGCGGGGACGAGGAGAGCACCGGCCCCGUGCUCCAGUUUGACUACGAGGCGGUCGCUAACAGACUGUUCGAGCUGGCCAGUCAGGAGAGCAUCCCUCCCCAGAACCGGAAGCGGCUCUACAAGGUGAUCCGGAAGUUUCAGGAGCUGGCUGGAGGCAACUUCCCUGAGGAUGACAUUCCAGAAAGAGCCUACAAGAAGCUUCUGGAAGGGAGGCGCAAGCGGAAGAAGAAGAGGAGUUUGCCCUCGUCACCGCAGGAGGGAGGGGAAGGAGAGGAGGAGGUCCCGAGUCCAGAGCCAGGUGUGGGGACCAAGAGGAAGAGGAGCAGGAAGAGGGCCCGGCCCGCAGCGCGGGCAGAGCCCGGCAGCCAGACGGGGGCUCACGGGAGGAGGAGGAGGAGGAAGAAGCCGCGACAGCCGCCCGGCGCCCGAGCGAAGAAGGCGGGCGUCCAGCAGCCAGGCAGGAGGAGGAAGCGGACGCGGACGCCCGAGGGCCAGGAGUGAGCAGGCCAGCCCCGGAGGCCCAGCCCUGCCCGGUGCCUCAUGGGCAUCGCGUUGAACAGGGCACCGGAUGCCGGGCGCGCUCCAGCGCCUCCCGAGCUGCUGCGGGGGAGAAGCCGCGCAUGCGCGCGCGGGACGGGGGGGCGAGCGGGGGCCCUCGGCGCUGUCCUCCCUGCAGCCACCGCCCGCGUGUGAGGACUGCUGAAGCACAAACGCUCGAGGUUCCCAUGCCACCCACAGGGGCGUGGCGGCGCGGGCCUGUAACCACAGCCACGUGGGAAGCUGAGGCGGAAGGAUCAUGAGAUCACGAGUUCAAGGUCAGCUGGGGCUGCACAGUGAGACCCUGCCUCGGACAGGAAGACUGUGCACGUUGAGGUCACCUGCCUGAGCCAC